AUGGACCCGGCAGUUGAAGAAGGAGCAGCAGGAGAACAAGAGCCAGAGCCUGAAGCGAAAAAAGAAGAAGAAGAAGACAUGGCAGCACAGAAGCAAGAAGAAGCAGAUGAGCACGAAGCAGCAGCCCAACAGGACGAGAAGGACGCCCAGCAGGACGCCAACAAAGUGCAGAUCGUGAUUCGCCUCCGGCCGCUGGAGGCCGCAGCUGCUGCUGACGCCGAGUCGGCCGAGUGCUUCCGCGUGCUGUCGGACGUGUCGCUGCUGGCGCAGCCGCCCAAGACGUCGCAGUCGUACCGCUCCACGGGCACGGCCACGAGCUUCCACUUCUCGCGCAUCUUUCGGCCGGAGACGCAGCAGACGGAGCUGUUCGAGGCCACCACGAGGCCCGUGCUGGACGCGGCCCUGCGCGGCAAGAGCGGCCUCGUGUUCGCCUACGGAGUCACCAACUCGGGCAAGACGUACACCAUCAGCGGCACGACGGAGGCCCCGGGCGUGCUGCCUCAGGCGCUGCAGUACGUGAUGAACGAGCUGCCGCGACGCAAGGAGGAGGACGCGCAGCCCGUCACGCGCGUUACGGCCACGUACCUGGAGAUCUACAACGAGAAUGUGUACGACCUCCUGUCGCCCGCGGUCCGCAAGAGGAGGGCGCUGCGUGUGCAGGACUGCGACGGGAAGAUCCAGGUGCGCGGCGCUGUGGAGAAGCCCAUCAAGACGCUGGAGGAAGGCCUCGAGCUGCUGGAAAUGGGCCGGAGGCACAAGCAGAUGGCCGAGACCAAUUGUAACUCGGACUCGAGUCGCAGCCACUGCGUCUUCACGCUGCACCUGUAUCAUCAGGUGUCUCGCUUCGCAACAGAGCUGCGCAGUAAGGUGUCGAUCGUGGAUCUGGCCGGGUCGGAGCGAGGAUCGAAGAGCGGCGCGACGGGGCUACGCAUGCAGGAGGCCAGUAAGAUCAAUGGCUCGCUCAUGAACCUCAUGCGCUGCCUGGAGACGUUGCGCUGGAACCAGCAGCACCCGCCAAGUCUGCAGAAGAUGGUCCCAUUCCGCGAGUCCAAGCUAGCACGUCUGUUCCAGGAGAACCUCGUGGGCGACGAUCACGGCCCGCUGGUGAUGAUUGUGGCGGUGAACCCGUCCAGUCACGAGUUCGACGAGACUCUUCGGACUUUAAAGUACAGCGCUGUUGCGCGCGAAUUGGUGCGGACACGCACAUCCAUUCCCAGGAAAGCAGCACCUAGUUCCACGUUCUACGACUUAGACGGCCGACUGAAGAAGAGGAGGCGACAGUCAACGGAAGCACCCCCUGCGUCUUCUUCAUCGAGACCGCUGGUGGAUCGAGGUGCACCGGGGCCAAAGGCUAGUGCGGCAUCGCCACCCGCUAGAGUCAAAGUUAAGCAGCGCCUGAGUGAGACCGCACGCCGUCAACGCAGAACGACUGCAUCUACAGUUAAACCGAAGACUGCUGAAGUGGCGAUAUCACCGAUGGAAUCGCAAAGGGAGGUCGCUGAGAGGAACCUGCACUGGGCCAAGCUGGAGCUGGAAAAUGAAGAAUUGCGAGAGCAACUGGCGCAGGUUCAAGCGGAAAAGAUGCAAAUGGAGGUCCGUAUCCGUGCAGAAAUUGGUAACGAAAUGCGCGAGCAGUUGCAGCAGAUUCGGGCCCAAUACCAAAGUAUGCAGCGCUUGCAGCGUGAAGACCUACCGUCUGCACAACUUGACAAAUUGCAGCCACAGAGUGUACCUGUACCAGUAGAAGACGAGAGUAUGUGA